AUGGCGGUGGACAUUUCUUACCAUAGGUUUGAAUAUGAAAUCGCAGCCAGACACGUGGACGGUGAGGUGCUAACGCCUUGGAAGAGGCGAGCCGUCGCGUCUCCUGUAAGUCAGCUACAUUUCUCACCGCCAAUAGAGAGUUCUGUUCCACGUGGUAACACGUGGCAUCUUCUUCUUUUUCUCCGGGCAUCCUCCAAUAUCCAUCACAUCUAA